AUGGCUGCCUGGACCACGAUUCUAGUAGCCUACCUUGUUGGCGGCGUGACCUUUGUCCCUUUGCUGGUUGCUUCGAUUUUGUUCUUGGGAUACUAUAAUCUACCCUACCAGCGCGUCCUCGGCAUCCAAGAUGACCAAGAUGAGGGCGAUAUUGUCCAUCCCGGCGAUGACACAACUGCACUUGACGAAGCUAGGAGGGAGAGGAAUAACAGCGAAUCCAAGAGAGCAAACACCGAUAUCGAUGUCGCCGCCGGAUACUUUGCAGUCUGCCGUGAAUACAUUCCCAUGGGCAUCAACGCAAAGCCCGUGGAGCGCUCAACACCCAUCGGCUCGGCCACCGUGACUCCAACCAGUCCAAGCGUCUACCAGACAAUGUACAGGAGUAUCUUCGAUCGCAAGGCUGCCGCAAAUUCCAUGGAAAAUAACAGCAGCGUUAGCCAACGGCCCAAGAAGGCGGGCAAUGUCUUUUACGUGGUGCUCAGACACGGGCAUCUAAUGUUAUUCGACGACGAGGAGCAGCUCGAAGUGCGACAUGUGAUUUCUCUAGCACACCACAGAAUAGGAAUAUAUUCGGGAGGCGAUGUUACACCCGAAGGCGAACUCUUCAUCAAACGAAACGCAAUCUCUCUGACGCGAAAAGCCAACGAACCCGAUCAUACGCCGGACAAUCAGGGAUCUAAGCCGUUCUACUUGUUUUCCGAAAAUUGCUCGGCCAAGGAGGAUUUCUACUUUGCCAUGCUGAAAAACCAACAGCAUACAUUCGGUGUCGAACAAAUUGCGCCAGUCCCCAAACACUUUGACCUCAAAUCCAUCAUUUCGCUCGUACAGAAGCUACAUUCGUCGGAAGACCAGUCGCACUUUCGCUGGAUUAACGCACUCAUUGGUAGGAUUUUCCUGGGCGUGUACAAGACCCGAGACCUGGAAUCAUUUAUCCACGAAAAAAUCACCAAAAAGAUCUCGCGCGUCAAAACACCUUCGUUCCUCACCAACAUCAAGAUCCAACAAAUAGACACCGGAGAUGCUGCGCCAUACCUCGCCAAUCUGAAACUCAAAGAUCUCAACGUCGAGGGUGAAUGUGUUGUAGAGGCUGACCUGAGAUACACCGGGAGCUUUCGGAUUGAGGUUGCUGCUACAGCGAGGAUCGAUUUGGGGGCGAGGUUCAAAGUUCGAGAAGUAAACCUGAUUCUGGCCGUGGUUCUUCGCAGGCUGGAAGGCCAUGUUCUGUUUAAAAUCAAACCGCCCCCCAGCAACAGAAUAUGGUUCUCCUUCCAGACGAUGCCAAAGUUGGAAAUGACCAUCGAGCCCAUUGAAGUCUUUGCUGAGACGUUAGUUCAGCCUUUCUGGGAUGACGUUCCCUUCUUUAACACGGAACACAAGCAUUUGAGAGGUGGAAUAUUUGAAGGGGACGACGCAGUCAAGUCCUUCUCUUCACAGCCUACCGAACCCUUGGCCCAAGCUGGCGAUGAGAAGAGCCAAGGGAUGACAGUAAUUGACCCUCUAGAGCCAGCGCCCAGCCCUCUUGAGAAGAAGGCAGACAGGCUAGGGACUCCUUUGUCGGGUCUGGCGUCAUCAACCAGCGUGGAUCUUGCACCCCCAGCCCCGGUCCAUUCUCCUAGGAUCGUCAAAACCUCUACUGAGCCCAUUGUCGGAACAGAAAUAGCCCAUGCUGAUCUGUUCAAACCCUCGACAUCUCCACCAGACUAUGCCAUGAACCAUAUGGCGGCAUUGCGCUCCAGAUCCCAAGAUGCCUCACCAGGACCGCUACCGAUAACCAAAAAGGCGUCACAGUCCACUCUAGUCUCUAGGCGGUCAUCCUCUUCUUCAAAAGAACUGCACCUCAACUCUAACACGGACGAUGAUAUGAAUGCCGACCACAAGCUCGCGCCCCAACCACUGCAACAAUAUGCGGCGUCAAUCUCUGGACCGACAAUGGGUUCUGAGCCAGAUCUCUCUCGGACGUCUACCGCCAGCUCACUGAAAUCCCAGGCAGGCUCAUUUAGCCGUAACCUGUUCCAAAAGCGGGAACCUCCCCAUGCCGCAACCUCUCUCGAUGGUGAGGUGACAGCACAAAAGAGGAAUACCUUGGCAGCUGUCACAAAUGCAGCCGCGCAAGCAAGGCAAUGGGGGUGGAAUGCUCUCCAAAGGCAACGAGAAGCCAUGAGGAACAAUGACAAGAAUACUCCUGUCGACUUGAGCCAGCCCAUGGGCCGAGGGCAGCCCCUUCCACCGCCAGGGACGCCACUUCCGAUGCCAACAAAUGGAGGCACCAAGAUAGGGCCCGUUCCCACGUCAAAGCGAAGAUCCCCUCCUAUCAUCUUGGAGGAUCCGCUUGCCCUUGUGGCUGAAGAUGACCAUGGUGCUAUGCCUUCGCCGGGGAGACGCCCUUCCCCGCCCCGGAGAAGGAGACAGGAUAGCCAUCAAGAGGAAGAAGAAGAUAGCCCGAAUAUCCUCAUUGUUGCUGCGCCAGACGACUCACAGCCUAACACUCCCGCGGUCGACGACGAGGCACACCAAACUGCACUUUGGAAUAGAGACUUCCCAGACAUGGAGCAACAGGACGAUACCGGUACCAGUGGCAUCAAAUCUACACCUCUCGUUUCCGCGGGCGACGCAAUUAACGGCCUGGAAGCAGGGACUUCUCAUCCCGCUAGCCGGCCCAUUCCACCAAGUCCAUCAGCUCUGCCAGAACCGAAUGACGAUGACGAUUAUUCCGCAUGGAUGGUGGAUGACUAG